AGGAGUAAAAACACACAUAUACAUACACCUCACCUGUAAGUAAGUAAAGUAAAAAGUAAUGGAGUUUGGCCUUCAAACAAUAUCUCCCAACAACACUCUCUUUCUCUUAUCUCACCACCACCGUACUUCUUCUUUCCCACCUCCCACCAAUCUCCGCCGUCAAUUCCAUUUCCACGCCGUCCCUGUCACUUCAAACCCAUUUCCGUCUUCUAACAGCAGAACCCAAUUCAAACAACAACAACAAGUUGAAGAAGAAGAAGAAGAGGAAGAUGAAGAAGAGUAUGGAACGUCGUCGUAUUUGUCUUUGAGCUCAAAACCAGAUAGAAGCAUGGCGUUGUUAGAUGAUUAUGAAUUAGAAGAACUUGGUUAUGUUCAUGACCCUAAUCACCGCAGUGGAUAUGUAGCUGUUGUUGGAAAACCAAAUGUUGGAAAAAGUACACUUUCGAAUCAAAUUAUAGGCCAAAAGCUUUCCAUUGUAACCGACAAACCUCAAACGACAAGACAUCGUAUUCUUGGUAUAUGUUCUACACCGGAAUAUCAGAUGAUACUAUACGAUACGCCCGGUGUCAUCGAGAAGAAAAUGCAUAAGUUAGAUUCGAUGAUGAUGAAGAAUGUUCGUAGUGCUGCUAUUAAUGCAGAUUGUGUAUUGGUGGUUGUGGAUGCUUGCAAGACACCCCAAGAUAUCAAUGAAGUGUUGCAAGAAGGUGUAGGGGAGCUCAAAGAUAAGGUUCCUGUGUUGCUGGUUUUGAAUAAGAGAGAUCUCAUCAAACCUGGUGAAAUGGCAAAGAAACUUGAGUGGUAUGAGAAAUCUACUGAUGUAGAUGAAGUCAUUCCGGUGAGUGCCAAAUAUGGUCAUGGUGUUGAUGAUGUGAAGGACUGGAUACUAUCAAAACUUCCUCUUGGACCAGCAUAUUAUCCUAAGGACAUAACUAGUGAACAUCCUGAAAGAUUUUUCAUUGGUGAAAUUGUUAGAGAAAAGAUAUUUAUGCAAUUCCGCAAUGAAGUUCCAUAUGCUUGUCAGGUUAACGUAAUAAAUUACCAAACAAGACCUAACGCAAAAGACUUCAUACAAGUUGAGAUAGUCGUUGAAAAAAACACACAGAAAAUCAUUCUCAUUGGGAAGGAUGGGAAGGCCUUAAAACUACUUGCAACGGCUUCAAGGCUUGACAUUGAAGAUUUCUUGCAGAAAAAAGUGUUCUUGGAGGUUGAAGUGAAGGUGAAAGAGAAUUGGAGACAAGAUGAAGGGCUUUUGAGGUACUAUGGCUAUGGAGGCAAAAUACAAGCAUUAUAGUACUAAAGGUCUUACAGUAGUAUGAAGAUGGUAUUUUGAACCAAUUAGAGUACAGCAACAGGUACUUAUUGCAUAUAGAGGUGCAAAUUGUAUCAUAUUAGAAUGCUCCAUUGUUGUAUCAAACAUAGAAAAUUUUGAUUAUCAGGACAUAGGAAGUUGUUAGUGUUGGCAAAA